AUUGAGAUGAAAAUCCAUUGACAAAAAGGAAAAACGAAAGGAUAAAAUCCCAGAUUAAGGGCUGCGGAGCAAUUGAGCUAAACGGUAGCUUGGGACUUAAAACUCCCGAUAAUUCUGUGUCGGGACAAUUCUCGUACUUGUGAUUUACCGAGUUCGGAAUCCAAUACUGAAAAACAGAUGAAUUCCUCCAAGUACAUGGAUAAGCAAAUCACCGACCUCUCCAAAACCCCUAUUCGCACUUUCUUAGACGACGAAGAUGAUGAUGAAGAAGAAGAAGAUCAUCUAGAUCAGGGCUUCGACUUCUACCCCAUUCGCUCCGUACAUUCCCAUGCUAAGAUUCCCGAUGGGAUCCACCUCAGUGGUUGGAGUUCGGACCAACAUUCUACAAAAUUCUCUGGUGAAAAAGCUGGGAGUUUCAGCAAUGCAGAAUUGAUUUCCAGGAUAGAUCAAAAGUUGAAGGAACAUGCUGAUGUUUUGCUACACUCAGUGGAGUGUCUCAGUGCACGACUAUCUCAAAUGGAAAGUAGAACGCGGCAAGUAGAAAACAACUUUGAUGAUUUAAAGGAAUCAAUUGAAUUUAAUCAUGGAAGAACUGACAGAAAGCUAAAGGAGCUAGAGAACAUUCUAAUUGAGGUCCAUGGUGGGAUAAAAGAUUUGAGGGAUAAACAAGAGAUAGCAGAGACUCAACUGCAGCUGGCAAAGCUUCGUGUGUCCAAGGAUGACGCACAGUUGGAAAAGCAGAACAAUGAUGUUCAAUCUAGUUUGGGAACAGAAGCGUUGUCAUCAGUCUCUCAGCAAUCCAACCAACAACUUCCAGUCCCAGUUGCUUGUCCACAACAAGUUCUUUCUUUGUCUUCUAAUAUUAAAAAUUUACCUGCUGAGCAUCUUCCUCUAACAAAACCUGCAGCUACAGCACCAAAGUAUCUCACACCUUCAGCAUCUCAACUUCCGACAAUUACAGCAACUGCACCACAACUUCCCUCGCAAUUGCUUACAAAUUUUGUCCCUUCUGUUCCACAGCAAGAAUCUCAUUACACACUUCCAGUUUGCUCUCCAGGAACCAUUCAUCAAAAAUAUGUAUUACCAACUCAGCAAUCACAGCCACCUUAUAUUCAUCAGCCUUGUCUACCACCAUCUCAUCUUCCCCCAAAUUCACACUUCCCUCAGUUGCCCCAUGUGCAGUCGCCUUUCUCCGCGGUGAAUCCUCAAGUCCAAAGCCACCAUCCUGAAGUUUCUUUUGUGCCAUCUCAAGGCAUUCACAAAUCCUCUCAACCACAUGACUGGCCUCUCCCUCCCCAGUUGCUUAAUGUUGGUUCUACUGAUCUACCCUCAAACUUGCGUUAUUCAGAGCGUACUUCUGCAAAUACACCACCAGGGGGGUACACUAAUAUUGUGGACUUUUAUCAUUAUGGUGCUCCUACCCACAGUGGCUCCGCUAUGAAACCGGUUCAACCAUCACCAUCUCCUCCUGCUAGCACUGGUGAAACUAAUUUCAGUAAAUUGCCAACUGCCCGCAUAUUACCACGUGCUAUUCCAACUGCAUCUAGUGUGGACAGUGAAUCAAGCUCUGGUGAGGGUGGAAACAGGGCGACUGUUGAUAAUGUUGUUGACAAGGUUGUUGCUAUGGGAUUUCGAAGAGACUUGGUGAGAGCAACAGUGAAAAAAUUGACAGAGAAUGGGCAAUCAGUGGACCUGAAUACGGUGCUGGAUAAGUUGAUGAACAGUGGGUAAUUGCAGAGUCUUGGAUUAUGCGUUGGGGUAUUAUGUUACCUUGACAUGCUUUAUUUUUAUAUGUUUUGUAUAGAAUAGUGAACUUGUAAUUUACAAAUCCACAUCCCUAAUUGAGAGGUUUUACACCAUUUCAUGUUGGUUGCUUUGUAAAUUAGAUGUUGUAGCCGGCCUGAUUUGUUCUUUUGUUUGUGAAUGAAAAUACUGGUUACGUUGCCUAUGGAAA